CAACAACCAUCCCACACUAAUAAUUCGCCGACUUUACCUUUCCUCAUUUUCAUUCCUUACUUUCUUCCCCAAUUAUCGCCGUCUAAACUUCUACGCAUUCGCCCAUCCAUCAAUCCAUCGUCGCUAUUUAAGAGUACGCCCACGAUGGAACGCAUUAAAGCCGAGUUUGAUCGGGCCUACGACAACGGCGAGCUACCGGAUGCCAGACCAUCCUACAAGUCAUGGAAGAAGAAGUAUCGGAAGAUGCGCAUCAAAUUCGAUCAGCAAUCGCAGAAUAUAGAGACACUGCAUAAGCUAGAGCAAAAGGCGAUGCGAACUGCCAAGCGUCUUGCCAUCGAAAACGAUCGCAUAAUGGACUUGUUGAUGGAUAUCAACGAGUCGCCUCAGAUUCCCUUCGAACGACGUAUUGACCUUAACAUGGACGAGGACGAAGAUGAUAACGACUCGGACGCCACUCAGAAGCCUACGAGGUCCCUGCGAAAACUUGAACAAGACGUACCUCAUCAAUCUUUCGCAGCUACAGCCGAACAAUUCCCAGAAAUACUGGAAGAUCUAGAACCUGAAGAUCCGGUAGUAAACCCUACUUCAUUUCUCAAUGCAGAUGACAUCGACGAAUACAUCUACGAGAUUGAUACGCGACUAAAGCUACCAACGAAGCCUUCUCUCGCACCUAGCAUCGUAGGAAAAGAGAUUACGAAUCCAGCCGCCAACUUCGCGCUACGAAACCCCACAAGCGUGUACAAUUGGCUACGAAGACACGCGCCCAAGACAUUCCUCCAAGACCUUGAGAAGGAGAAAGGCGGGGAUAAGGACAAGGGUAAAGACAAAGACGACGGCCACGGCGAUAAGGACGACGACCAUCGCAAGCGUAAGAGUACUGGUGGGAAUCGUAACAAGAGACAAUCAGCUGCUAGUCGCAAGGAGAAGGAGAGGGAGGCUGCGGAGCCCAUGGAUUGGGAUGAGGAUCCGGGAUACGAUGCACCGGCUCCUAAGGGGAAGAGAAAGAGAGACGAUGAUAGUGGAUACAGACCGAAGGGUGGUUCGAGCCGCCCGACGAAGAAGCGUAAGAGUAAGGAUUUCGGCUCUCUUCCGUCUAAGGGCUCGCGAAAGUCUGGUGCUUGAUUUCUGAUACUUGCUACGUCGAGCUGCGGCAUGGUUGUUAUGGGGAUAUGUCUGUCCUAGGGCGUUUGAGAAGGUUGAAAACCGUCUACAAGUAUGGACGGAAAACUAGGGAUGGAAUACGGUAAUGCCAGUCUGGCUGGCUCCUGCUGGAUAGGAAUAUAGAGCGAUAAGGCUACGCUCUAGAGACGCCAGCAUAUCCUCUACGGCUAUUGAGGUAUCCUAAUACAACCUCUUGUAUUAAUAAAACUGAGUGUGUUUCUACCAGCUGUGUGACCAAUCUCCUAAUAAGUGACUAGCACGGUGUGUCAAGCUUUGA